AUGGCGCCUAAGGCCUCCGAGGGGGAGGAGGGCAAGGAGGUCGAGAUGGUGCCUGCCGCUCCUAAUCCGGAGCAGCAGCUGGAGAGAGAUGUCACGGCUCAUCAAGAUUCCGAGGAGGAGGAGAAGACGGCGGCCAAGAUCAAGAAGUUAUUAAGCAAGCUGAAGCCGCUUCGUGCCAGGAUCUCUCAGCUGCUGGGGCCUGCUGGCCCUCAUCGCGUCGUCACUGGUGACCGUGGACGGCGCUGCUUGGUAUUGAUGGAGACGGAGCUGAGCAUCAUUGCGGCGCUCUUGACGACAUUGAGUCCGCAGCACUUUGACGAUGCCGAGACGAAGAAAUGGCUGGGUGAAUCUUUGUUCGCUGUUCCCCGUUUAGCCGACCGCGUCCUCGGUGAAGUUGAUCCCUCUCUCCACACGCUGCUGCGAAGAGCUUCACAGUGCUUCCAUCGUAGGAAGUCAUUCUCAUAUUCACAUUCUAUCUUUACGGUACGGCGGCUUUACUAUAUCAUCCAACAUCCCUCCAGCUCCAGGUAUAGGCAUCUUCUCCUCCCUAGCUCUGACCUUGGGCUUAUUACACCCCAACUGGCCGAGGCGGAUGCCCUCCUCCCUCUUGUCGGCAUUGAUCGCCCGGCAAAGAAGAUUUUGGGGUGGCUCGCACACCAGGGGAAGAUGGACAUGAACCUGAGAGUCAUGUGUAUCGUUGGACCUGUGGGGAUAGGCAAGACAACUCUUGCCGUGGAGCUCCGCAACCGACUCAGGCAGCAGCAUGAAACUAGUGGAGGGCGCUACAAUUUCCAAUGCAACGUUAUGGCACAAGUGCCACGGGGAACUGAUAGAAACAUUCGUCUUGUUCAAGAUAUCCUCUCCCAAGUCUCAGAACCAGCAGCAACAGCAUUGUCAUCUGACCCGUCACAAGCCAAGACAAUGAAGGUCCUAGUCCGCCUCAUUUCAGAAUGCUUGCGAGAUAAAAGGUACUUCGUCAUUAUCGAUGAUAUAUGGGAAGCAUCAGACUGGGAAGAAAUCAAGGUUGCAUUUCCUAAUAAUAAUCAUGGUAGCCGAAUAUUGAUUACAACACGCAGUACAAGUACAGCAUGGGCAUGUUGCUCCGAUUCCUAUGAUGGCCUUGAUGUGCAUGAGAUGAAGCCUCUAAGCGAAAUGGACUCAGAAAGGCUGCUUCUAGCAAAAGCCGUUGGUUCAGUAGAUGGUUGCCUGCCAAACAAUAUGAAGCUACAUUGUGAUGAAAUAUUGAGGAGAUGUGAAGGUAUACCGUUGUUUAUAAUUGGUAUGGCAGACUGGCUGAAGGACCAAUACAGUGAUGAGGAUGAGGACCAAUACAGUGAUGAGGACGAGGAGCAUCAAAGAUUUGCAAUUUAUUGCAAGGAACGAGUCCCCCGGCUGACAGAACAAGCACUAUCCUCCGCUUUUAAUGACUUCCCUAAUGAUUACUUGAGGUUACUAUUAAUUUACAUGAGCAUGUUUCCUUAUGGGUACAAGUUUGAAAAGGAUCGUCUCAUCUUGAAAUGGAUAGAUGAAGGCUUCUUUAUCCUUACUGAUUAUGAUGAUUAUGGUCGUUACUCCGACGACAUAUAUUUUAGUAAUGUUAGAAACUUAGAAGCAGAGAGGUUGUUCUCCGAGCUAGUGGAUAGUAAUGUCAUCACCUGUGUAGCAUCAAACCGCAAACACAAGCAAGAUGAAGCCGAGGCCUGCCAGUGGCAAAUCAAUCAUUUUAUGCACCAAUUCCUGGCCUCCAAAUCUGCAGAGAUGGGUUUCGUUUUCACCACCACUACGCUCAACUUACUGGCAGAAUCAGCAGCAGCAACAACAACAGAGUGUGGCAACCAAACUAGCAGCAGGAUGCCACGGAGGUUAGCCCUGCACCAUCCAGAUCCCCUGCUCCCGUCGAUGCUUGAAACCAUGGAUUUGUCCCAGACUCGUUCGCUAUCUGUGUCUGGGACAGUCCGCGGAAUCCCUCUGGACAAGUUUAUCUAUUUGGUGGUUCUGGAUCUAGAAGGCUGGGAGAAUCUCGAGGAUGAGAACCUACUUCUGAUAUGCAGAAGCAAAAUGAUCUUUUUGAGGUAUUUGAGUGUCAGGAAUACUCGAGUCAGCAAGCUCCCACACGAGAUCAAGGAGCUGUGGGCUUUGCACACAUUGGAUAUAAGUUACACGCAGAUAAGUGAGCUCCCACUCGAAUUAUUCCAGCUAAGAGAUCUGUGGUACCUGGACCUAAGAGGCACACGCUUCCUCAGGGCUCUCGGUGAUCUACACAACCUGGAGGUGCUUGCAGUUACAUGGUCCUUUCACCAGUCCACUGACAGAGACUACUGUGAAGCGUUGCUGUCAUCCAUCGUAAAGUUGGAAUGGCUCAAGUCCCUGACCAUUCACUGUGGACUCGGCUGCUCCAUGGAGUUCCUGGGCUCCCUUGAAGAGUGGCGUGCGCCUCUGAGGCUUGAGAAGUUCAAGGUGACAGCGGGACAAUUCGCAAGUGUUCCACCAUGGAUCCAACGGAACAAGCGUCUAGCUUUCGUGCAAAUCACCGUCUGUAACAAGCAAACAACGACGGAUGAUCUGAAGAUACUUGGAGCCAGUGGCGGAGGUGGAGCCCUGCCCAAAUUGCAGUGCCUAAUACUAGGCUUGGACUUCAUUCCAGGACAUGCCAUAGUGAUUGGAAAUGAAGGAUUCCACAAGCUCCAGAGGUUCUCCCUUGACUCCGUAUUGCCAAGGCUCACUUUUCAAACAGGGGCCAUGCCACGGCUCAAACACCUUCGACUCAAGUUCUCCUCGGGCCCCGCAAGUGAAGAGCGUGUUCCGUCCGGUAUCAGCAACCUCCAAAUGAUCAGCGAAGUGGUCCUCAGCUACAGCGAGUGGUGCGUUAACAGCACCAGUGUAAAGAUGACAGUGAAGGCGGUGAAGGAACAAGUUGCCAAGCAUCGCAACCCGAUCAAUCUCUUCAUCAAUGGCGUCGAAGAUGAUGUUGUUCAGGAAGUCGAUGAGGAGGCAGAGAAUGCAACGGGAACUUCUUGGAGCGGAACAGAUGCUGGACCCGGAAGAGACGAUGCUCAAGCAGUCGAUGAGGAGGCUAAAGGAGUGGUUGAAAAUGAGAUUACUGAAGCUGAAAGUUGA